GAGUUCAAGGCAAUGGAGGAGGAGUUCAAGGCUUUGACUUUCACAAUGGAGGAGGAGGAGAACAAGGCAAUGGCAGAGGAGUGCAAGGCAAUGGCAGAGGAGUGCAAAGCAAUGGCGGAGAAGUGCAAAGCAAUGGAGGAGGAGGAGAGCAAGGCAAUGGAGGAGGAGGAGUACAAGGUGAUGGAGGAGGAGUUCAAGGCAAUGGAGGAGGAGUUCAAGGGAUUGGAUAAGUGGUACAGGGCAAUGGAGGAGGAGAGCAAGGCUUUGACUUUCACAAUGGAGGAGGAGGAGAACAAGGCAAUGGCGGAAGAGUGCAAGGCAAUGGCAGAGGAGUGCAAAGCAAUGGCGGAGAAGUGCAAGGCAAUGGAGGAGGAGGAGAGCAAGGGAUUGGAGGAUGAGUACAAGGCAAGGGAGAAAAUGAUGGAAGAAGUGUAGUGUGUAGUGUA